UUUUCGUCCACUAGCACCGCUAGCUGCUAACGAUGAUUCAUUGCGUUCGUUAAAAAAAUACAAAAUAAACACGACUCAGCUAACGUGGACGGACGUUUAUUCCUUUUAGUUCGCUUGAGACGCACUCCGUCGAUAGCUUUGCGCCGAUGUGCGGCCAAUGCGAGCUGAAGGAGCGACGAGAGCGGAAAAAUCGACUCGCCUACCGUCCUUUAGCCGUCUGUGAAGCCAGCUAACGGCUAACAGCUCGGCGGAGAUAGCGCUAGCUGGCUGGCUGGCUGACAGCUGCCUCGGUUCGCUACGUGCCUUCAACAGUAACGUAGCUGAGAUUUACUCGCCAAAACGAUGACUCGUCUCUGACAUUGAGAGGACUGAGGCCCAGUUGGUUGUCACAUUGGAGUAAUCAGAGCCCAUAACUCGUGAAGGUGGGUCUUGGUUGACUCUCCGGUGGUGCCAUUGAAGAUAGGUGGGCGAGCCGCAAGUCUGCUUGCCGAUGCGCGCUGGUUUUGAUCUGCAAGAGCUGCCAAAAUGAUGCCGAUGAUAUUGACGGUGUACCUCAGCGAUGGGGAACAGGCCGUGACCGAGGUGCCCAUCACCCCCGAGACGACGUGCCGCGAUGUCGUCGAGUUCUGCAAAGAGCCCGGCGAGAGCGGCUGUCACCUGGCUGAGGUCUGGAGAGGCAACGAGCGAGCGAUCCCCUUUGAGCACAUGAUGUACGAACAUCUGCAGAAAUGGGGGCCUCGGAAACAAGAAGUCAAGUUCUUUCUCCGGCACGAAGAUUCCCCAACCGAGAGCAGCGAUCAAGGGAGUCAGCAGUCUCAGGAUCAAACGAGUCGCAGAAGUGGAAAUGCUGGAGAGAAGCACAAUGAGAAUGGGGUGGGAAAUCAGCGAGUGGAGCUCACGCUGUCAGAGCUGCAGGAGAUGGCCACACGGCAACAACAACAAAUCGAGGCUCAGCAGCAGAUGCUUGUUGCAAAGGAGCAACGUCUGCGUUACCUGAAACAGCAGGAGCGGCGUCAGCAGCAAACCGUGUCAGAGAGCGAGAAGCUGCAGAGGCUGAAGGAACGCGUGGAGAGCCAGGAGGCCAAGCUCAAGAAGAUUCGGGCGAUGAGAGGACAGGUGGACUACAGCAAGGUCAUCAAUGGCAACCUGUCGGCAGAGAUUGAGCAAGUUAGUGGCUUGUUCCAAGAGAAGCAGGCCGAGUUGCAGGCUGCGGUGCUGAGGGUGGAGCAGCUUAGCCUUCAGCUGGAGGACCUGCGGAGAGGAAAGCUCAAUGGCAUCCAGACUACUCUGGGCGGCCAGGUAACCGGCGCCGCAGCCCUCGAGCUCCGUAAGCUGUACCAGGAGCUUCAGAUUCGAAACAAGCUGAACCAGGAGCAAAACAGCAAGCUGCAGCAACAGAAGGAGCUUCUGAACAAGCGCAACAUGGAAGUGACGCUCAUGGACAAGCGCAUCAGCGAGCUGCGGGAACGCCUCUACAAGAAAAAAGCUGAGGCACGUCAAAAAGAGAACCUUCCUCUGAAUAGAGCCAACGGGCCGCCCUCUCCGCAGCCGGCUCCUGGUACUCUGGGUCGUGUUGCUGCUGUUGGGCCGUACAUCCAAGUUCCUGUACCGGGUCGACAGGACGGCGGCUACAACAUACCUCCUGAUCCACUGAAGCCUCAGACGCUUGGUGUUAAUAACCAAGCCAACCAUGGCCGCACCAAAUCAGACGGUGUGCGAAAGCCUCCAGGCCCUUGGAAAGUGUCUGAUUUAGACAUCGUUGUGGACCCGGUGCCCCCGUCCCUUCCAGAAUCGCACCCGGGCCCUGGAGCCUCCACUGGCUCUGACGGCACGUCUCCUAAUGAUACUGGUUGGCCUACUAUAGGCAAGACCAGCACAACUCUAAAGCCUCCUGAGAGAAGAGACUCAGGGACUGAUACCCAGGGCAAGAGCCCUCCCUCAGGCUCCCCCGUUGCUUCAAGCGCAGAAAAGGUGCUAGACUCCAAAAUGGUUGUGUCCUCCCCCGCCAUAUCGAAGCCACAGCCGCCACCGUAUGGAUCCCACCUUACCUCCGCAAACUCAGCCAGCUCCUUGGAGCGCCGCAAAGAUGCACCCCCUCCUCCUCGCCCGCUGCCUCACCCUCCGGCUCCGGCUUGGCCCCGCGUCCCCCCCUCCACGGGCUCGUCCUCCCAGCAGAUCCAGCAGCGUAUCUCAGUGCCACCGAGCCCCACCUUCCAGCCUAACGCGCCGCUCUUCCCUCCGGGGCUGAGUGAGCGACUGGAUCCUCCGCCGGCUGUGGCAGUGCGCCCCUUCAUCCCAGACAGAGGAUCGCGGCCUCAGUCGCCCCGGAAGGGCCCGCCUACCAUGAACUCCAGCUCCAUCUAUCACAUGUACCUCCAGCAGGCGGCGCCAAAGAGCCAGCCACUCAAGCCUGCUCUCAAAGCAGUAUACGGGAAGCCUGUUCUCCCCUCCAGCUCGACUCCCCCCUCGCCCCUGCCUUUCGUCCAGGCAGGAGGGGCCUUCCCGUUGCUCCAAUCCAGUGGCGAGGACGGUUUUGACGGAGAGUACGAUGAUCACGACAGCUUCCAUCACCUGGAGCCUUCGGCGCCUCCUCCCAGCGUGGAGAACAUCCCGCGACCACUCAGCCCCACUAAGCUAACGCCCAUGGUACAUUCUCCACUGCGCUACCAAAGCGACGCCGACCUUGAAGUGCUGCGUAAAAAGCUGGCCAAUGCUCCGAGGCCGCUCAAGAAGCGCAGCUCAAUCACAGAACCAGAGGGCCCGAGCGGACCCAACAUCCAGAAACUGCUCUACCAGAGAUUUAACACUCUAGCUGGAGGCAUAGAGGGAAAUGGAGUCAGUGGAUCAGGAGGUGGCAACGGCGCAGGUAAUGGAACACCGUUUUAUCAACCGGCUCAUCCUCCCGGUUAUCUGGAGGGCGACUCUCUGGCCGAUACAGACAAUGGAAACCUCCUGUCUGAGACGCCGCUAGCGCCACCGCCAGGGGAGGACGAGCAGGGAUCUGAGGCACCGCCUAGCACCACUGACGCUAAUGACAACGAGCCGUUGCCGUCGCCACCAGAAGGAAUGAUGGAUCCCGGUGAGGAAGAGGGACCAGAGGACGACAACAACAACAACGUGGGAGGCUCUGAGGCGUCACUGCCCAGCCCCGUGCUGGAGGUCACCACUCCAGAGGAGAGCGGCACCGCGGCCUCACAACCACUGGAGAAGCGCACAAACUUAAAGAAGCCCAACUCUGAGCGCACCGGUCACGGCUUUAGAGUGAAGUUCAACCCUUUGGCCCUCCUGCUGGAUGCCUCGUUGGAAGGAGAGUUUGACCUGGUCCAGAGGAUCAUCUAUGAGGUGGAGAAUCCCAGCACUCCUAAUGAUGAGGGCAUCACACCCUUACACAAUGCAGUGUGUGCAGGACAUCACCAUAUAGUCAAGUUCCUGCUGGAUUUUGGUGUGAACGUCAAUGCUGCAGACAGCGACGGAUGGACUCCUCUUCACUGUGCCGCGUCCUGCAACAGCGUUCAUCUCUGCAAGUUGUUGGUGGAGUCGGGGGCCGCCAUCUUUGCCAGCACCAUUAGCGAUGUGGAGACCGCUGCAGAUAAAUGCGAGGAAAUGGAAGAGGGCUACAUCCAGUGUUCCCAGUUUCUAUAUGGCGUUCAGGAGAAGCUGGGCGUCAUGAACAAGGGGACGGUGUACGCUCUGUGGGAUUAUGAAGGCCAGAAUCAGGACGAGCUGUCGUUCGGCGAGGGGGACGCCAUCACCAUCCUGCGACGACAGGACGACAGCGAAACCGAGUGGUGGUGGGCGCGGCUCGAGGACACAGAGGGCUACGUGCCCCGCAACCUGCUGGGGCUCUAUCCUAGAAUCAAACCUCGUCAGCGCUCCCUGGCGUAGUGUCUCGCUCCAGCUGGACUAGUGACACGACCGAGAGCCGAGAACAACAACAACGGGAGCCUGGUGCUCCGUCUUCUCCCCGUGGCCAUAACCUCCUCCUCCCUCCGGCCUCGUGCUUCUCACAACAAAAAAAAAAAUCCUUUUUCUCCGAAGCCGUGGGCACGAAACUCUGACACGCACACACACUUACAUCUGCACACACGGAGACAAACACACAGUGAAACACAAGCACUCCAAAGUCUCUUAAAUGACUCCAUCUUGACCCCACCUUCCCUUCCCUCCCCCUCCUCCCCCCAGCCUCACCUUUCAACCCGUCAUUGACUUGAUUUUUACCCCCCAACUCAGUGCCAGCUCUGUAACAGACAUGGAUCUGAAGAAUCAGACACUAACCCUCGUCUCAGUAUUCCUCGCAGUGUUCGCACUUCUUCUUCAGCCAUCUCCAUCUCCCUAAUGAGGUCUACGGUGGCGCCGGUUUACACGACACUAAAUGGUAACUGGAAGUUCAUCUGUAAGGGUGACAAGUUGCAGAUUUUUUUGUUUGUUUGAGUAUUUGGACUUUUUUUGUUUUUUUUUUUAAGGCCGAUUUGAUCCCCAUGAGAAAAAGAAAAUGCAGAAAUCUGUGCUUUGACUGUAGCCUAACCACCAAAGAUGACUCCAGAUUUAACUAUUUUAAUUUUUGUUCCUCCCUAAGAUCUUACAGUCAUUGAGGAGAGAGAUAAUCAGUUGAUUCGCUGCUAUUGGUACCGAUAAAUAGCUCCCAGGAGUUCAAGUCUGGAGCAGAAAACAUGAAUUUUUGGAGGGGAAAAUAGCCAACGUUGCAGAUCCUCAGUAUUACCGACACACAGGCCAGUCUAAAGAAUCCCAGUGUAUUAGAGAAAAGGUAAAGUGACAGCUCGCAGCAUUGUCAUGAAUCGCAUUUCAUCAACAUCAUUGCAAAGAAGUGAUUUUAUUUUUUUUCCAUUUAGUGUCAUCUGUUCAGAAUCUGGAUGCAGGAUUAUUGUGGAUGUGUGGCAAGAACAUUAAUAAAUUAUAAGUGAGCCUUUGGACAAUAA